AUGGCAGCUGAGAAGGCGGAAGCGGGGAAAGCCGAAGCGGGGAAGGCGGAAGCGGGGAAGGGCGACGGGGUGAAGGCGGAAGCCGGGAAGGGCGACGGGGUGAAGGCGGAAGCGGAGAAGACGCGGAGGUCGAGGAGGACUCAAGUGGCGGAGAAGGAGAAACAGCACCCCGGGCGGUGCCGCAACAACCCGCCGGUGGUGACGGCGGUGCCGAAACCGUCGAAGAAGAUCAUGCGCGACGCCAGUAGGGGAGGCGCCGCCGACAGACGAGGCGCCGCCAGACGAGGCGCCUACGCGCUACUGCGACCGGAGGAAGAGGCGGCGACUGAGUCGGCGCGUGAGGCGGCAAAGGGGGAGAACGAAGAGGGCAAAGGGGAUGCGGAGAAAGAAUGUCACCUCUUUCUGCCGGGAUUUGCCUUCUUUGCCGCAAUUUCUGCUGCCACGUGA